AUGGAGGAGCAAAGGAGUGAAGGUGAAAUAGUGUUAGAGAAAGCUGAGAGUUUACUGAAGAAGCUGCCUAAAACAGUGGAGGGGAUACAUGGCUCAGACGACAACUUACUGGACUUAGCUUGUCUUCUGGCUUCACCUGUGUGGACAACAUACAUUCAGUCAGUGAAAGGUUAUGAUUCCUUGGUAAACUCAGCGCUGCUGGCUAUUCUGCGGCAGGAGAUUGAUCGAUUUAACCGGCUACUGUCGGUGGCUUGUUCCUCCCUCCACUCCCUAUGCCUUGCAGUGAAGGGACAGAUCAUCCUGACAGAUGCUCUCGAGGAGACCUACAACUCCUUCCUCAGCAUGAAGAUGCCCAAGCUUUGGCAGCUCCAUUCAUAUGAAUCCUGCAAACCUCUUCCCUCGUGGAUUGAUGAUCUUAUUGAGCGGGUGAAUUUCUUCAGGACCUGGUCAAGGCAAUUUAUUGCAACUGCUCAGAAAAGGAUCUCGUCUGGUACAGCGCAGAAAUUCCCACCAAAAAAGGCGAAUGAGAUUCAGGAGAUCGACAGCCCAGAACCAAAUGCCUUCUGGCUCUCAGCAUUCUUCUUCCCACAAGGAUUCCUGACAGCUCUGUUACAAAACCACGCUCGAAAACACGGGCUAUCUGUCGACUUUGUCACCUUCGAGUUCCACGUCCAGUCUUCCACAAAACCAACCAAGGAUUUCUCCAACACCCAUAAACACAAAUCCAAUAUCUGGCUGCAAGCCUUCAAGCACCCUGAUCCACCCGAGGAUGGGGCCCUCCUGUUUGGUCUAUAUUUGGAUGGUGCCUGCUGGGACCACAUUAACCAGGUGCUGCAGGAUUCUAGUGUGGGUGAAAGAUAUUAUGAAAUGCCAGAGAUUCUCUUCCUCCCGGUCCAGAUUGACAGGAAGACAGCAGGACUCUCUGGGAAAAGGUUUUAUGAGUGUCCCCUGUAUCGAACAUCCCGCCGAGCUGAAAUGCUCUCAUCGACUGGUCACUCUACCAACUUUGUCAUUCCUGUCAAUCUGCCCACCCUUCUUCCUGUCAGUCACUGGGUUACGCGAGGUGUGGCACUCCUGUGCCAGCUGGAUGACUGACACCUUUGCAUCUCCCUAGAAUAUAGAACUUCAAAAUCCAACCUCAAUGCUCUUUUGCUUCCAUUUUACCAUUCUCCCCAUCCCUGAAGUUCCUUGUUACUCUUACAUUUAUUCCUGAUUUCCAAUCAGAACCUGUCCCUGGUCAUGUGGUAUUCCAACCCCAUUGAUCCCUAUUACUCAUCUCAAUUCACUCCAGAAUUUCAAUACUUCACUCCCAGUUUCCAAAGCUCAGCACAAUCCUCAAUUCCCAAUGAUCCACUCCCAAUGAUUCCCAGUUUCCUAAUCCAAUGCUAUCUCAGAAUUCUAAUGUUCCGCUCCCAAUGAUCCUGUUUCUAAAUUUCUGCCCUUUUCCAGAAUCUUAAUAUUCUACUCCUAUUGACGCCCAGUUUCUGAAUCUCUGCCCUAUCCCAGAAUCCCAAUAUUCCCCUCCUGCUGAUAUUCAGAAACUAAUAUUCCACUCCCAUCGAUUCACACGCUUAACCAGACAGGCCAGGCCAGGCCAGGCUGUUAUGGGGAGGUGGGACUGGGGUUGGUGCAGGAACUGCCUGUGACAGGGAACUGUAUGUGUAAAUGGAUUCAAGGCGUCUAUCAACUCUACAUUCAGCUAAUGGGAGCAGUUCGCAACAUGGCUUUACGGACAUCAAUAUAUUUCUGAGAGUUAAG